GGCUUUGUUCCCCAAAGGAGAGGACCGACCCUACCCCGUAGCCGCUCGAUCGCCGGUGUUGGACGCCAACCCGCACCAUGGUGCGCCGCGCACAGACGCAGCCUCUCAAGGCCACCAUGCAUUCUCGUCAACCAGCCAAUCACCCAGUGCGCCUCCGCUACGUGCGUUCAGAUUACUAGCACAGUACUGAGACGAUCACCACGACCAGCGGCCGAGCGCUAUAAAGUACACUGUUCUCUAGCGUCUCUCUCUGCCACUUAGCCCGGCCGCAUCCAUUGCUGAAGCCGCUCUAUGACUGUGUGUGCUCUGUUCUGUCGCAGUAGCUGACUGAGCUGAGAGGGCCGGCCGGGAUGGGUUUCUUGUUCGCCGCCAGGGGCUGCGUUGUCGCUGCCGCUCUCCUCUGGCUCUGUGUGAUCCUUCCAUGCCACGCGAAGCUCUCCACCAGGUUCUACGCCAGGACGUGCCCGAACGUGGAGGCCAUCGUGCGGUCGGUGAUGGCGCCGGCCGUCGCCGCGGAGCCGCGGAUGGGCGCCUCCAUCAUUCGGCUCUUCUUCCACGACUGCUUCGUCAACGGAUGUGACGCGUCGAUCCUCCUGGACGACACGCCGACCUUCACCGGCGAGAAGAACGCCGGCGCGAAUGUCAACUCUGUGCGCGGGUACGAGGUGAUCGACGCCAUCAAGGCGCGCGUCGAGGCGGCCUGCAAGGCCACCGUGUCCUGCGCCGACAUCGUCGCGUUGGCAGCCCGCGAUGCCGUCAACCUGCUCAGGGGCCCGACGUGGAACGUGCCGCUGGGCCGGAAGGACUCGCGCACGGCGACCCAGAGCGCCGCCAACGCGAACCUCCCGGGCCCCGGCUCCAGCGCCGCGUCCCUCGUCUCCGCGUUCGCGGCCAAGGGGCUCUCGGCGCGCGAGAUGACGGCGCUGUCCGGCGCGCACACCGUGGGGCGGGCGCGCUGCCUCCUCUUCCGCGGGCGCAUCUACGGGGAGACCAACAUCAACGCCACCUUCGCGGCGGCGCGGCAGCGGACGUGCCCACAGGCCGGCGGGGACGGCAACCUCGCGCCGUUCGACGACCGGACGCCGGACACGUUCGACAACGCCUACUACACGAACCUGGUGGCGCGGCGCGGCCUGCUGCACUCGGACCAGGAGCUGUUCAACGGCGGGUCGCAGGACGCCCUGGUGAGGAAGUACAGCGGCAACGGCAAGAUAUUCGCCGGCGACUUCGCCAAGGCCAUGGUCAAGAUGGGUGGCCUCAUGCCGGCCUCCGGGACGCCGACGGAGGUCAGGCUGAACUGCAGGAAGGUUAACUAAGGGUGGUUAAGGAUUGCCUCACGAACUUAACAUCACACGUAUUUAUGGGAUUGUGACCGGCUGACGCGAACAGGAGAAUUAUCCUUGGCGGCCUGACUGAUAAUCAGGUUGUGUAGUUAGUUCUCAGCAGGAUUGAAUUGCGCAGCGCCUACACUUUUCUGACUGAAACAGAGGAGAUUAGUAUAGUACUCCAUGUAUUAAAAUAUAAGACAUUUUAUUGACACAGUCAU